CUGUUCCCCAAAAGCUAUUGAAAUAAUAACAAUAAUAAUGAUAAUAAUAAAAGGAAUACAUGGCAACUAGCAGUUUAUGUAAGGAAAUCAGGUGUGGGUCACUUAAAGUUUGCAGGCAAAUGCCUGAAUAGUUCAUUCAAAGGAAGCAACAGGAAAGCAGGGAACCCAGUCAGCUAGCCAGGAGAGAUGCCUCUAAGUUAUCUCUGGCGUCUGGCUUGAGCCAUUUGGAAGUGGUGUAAGAACUAGAAACUGUGUCAAGGGUGACUAAGCCCUGCUGUGGUGUGAGAAAGUUAAACUUGUAAUCAAAAUGAAUGAUGAGACAACAUAAAAUCGUAAGAAUUCCCUCCAAUAAGAUACAUAUGUAUACUGAAUACAUAAUAAAAAUUAUUGACUCUUUUCUAUGCUAAUAAAACCAUCACGAGGUUAUAUGCCAUUAAACAUAAGUAAUAUAAAAAUAGGUUUCCUUGUUCCAUUCUGGAUUUACUACACAGGACCACCUACACAGUGAAUGCUGUGGAUAUACAAUCUGUCACUCAAUAAGUUGUACAUUUUAGUGACAUUUCUGAUUGUAAUGGAGGUAAAUGGACAUUUCAGCUGCUGAGGUACUCACUGGGAGUUUGACUAAUAUCUGUAAAUUUUUACUUUUAAUUUUAUGGCCCUCAGGAUAGUGAAUUGUCUUGUAGUGGUUUUUGUUGUCAUGUGAGCAAAUUGGCUUUGGAAUACUAAUAAAAGCAAUUAGUUAUAAUAAAUAAAUAAAUAAAUCCCAGGCCCUAUAGUUUAAUCAUCCAUAAAACACUUGCUGUCUUCCAAAAAAUUAAUGACAAUUAUGACCAUCAUCAUCUUACCAUCAUUUUAUGGUAAUUUAAAACUCAACAUAUUGUGAUAUCUUCAGUUCUCUUUGACACUUAUUUUAGCUUUGAGAGACAGAACUUGGUGGUUGAAAUAUGAGUUUGAGACAUGGUGUGCUUUUGCGGAGGAAGGUGGCAGCAUUUUCAAAUGGAACUCUCUUCUUUUCCCACACCUUUAGUCAUCAUCUUUGUAGGUAGUAUAAGACUUUUGUCUCAUUUUUAUCAAAUAGAAGCUACCAAAGGUACCUUUGACAACUCCUCAGAAAUUAUCAUGCUUCAUAAGACGCAGUCUGUAACCCUUUCUGAACAUAUUUAAGCGUCUAACUUCCAGCCUCUUGUCUAGUAUUAAUAGCUUCUUCACAAAGAGUUCCAUAAUGUUAUCAUUGUCACUUAAUAGAUUUUUAAAAAUCACAUUGCAAGAAAAUAUUCCACACAAUAGACCCAGCCUUUAUACUUUAACAAGCCCUAGCUGCCUGGGCCAAUAUUAUUCUCAUUUGUAGGAUGGAGGCUGCACGGAUUAUAAUAUGUGCCUUUCCUUUUUUAAUCACCACAGAUUUGCAAACUUCAUGGCCUAUUUUGGCCUUAAUCUCAACAUCCAGCAUCUGGGGAAUAAUGCUUUCCUGUUGCAGACUCUCUUUGGUGCAGUCAUCCUCUUGGCCAAUUGUGUUGCACCUUGGGCACUGAAAUACAUGAACCGUCGAGCAAGCCAGAUGCUUCUCAUGUUCCUCCUGGCAAUCUGCCUUCUGGCCAUCAUACUUGUGCCACAAGAAAUGCAGACGCUGCGUGAGGUUUUGGCAACGCUGGGCUUAGGAGCGUCUUCCCUUGCCAAUACCCUUGCUUUUGCCCAUGGAAAUGAAGUAAUUCCCACCGUAAUCAGGGCAAGAGCUAUGGGAAUCAAUGCAACCUUUGCUAAUAUUGCAGGAGCCCUGGCUCCCCUCAUGAUCAUCGUGAGUGUAUAUUCUCCACCCCUGCCCUGGAUCAUCUAUGGAGUCUUCCCCUUCAUCUCCGGCUUUGCUUUCCUCCUCCUUCCUGAAACCAGAAACAAGCCUCUGUUUGACACCAUCCAGGAUGAGAAAAAUGAGAGAAAAGACUCCAGAGAACCAAAGCAGGAGGGUCCCAGCAUGGAAGUAACACAGUUUUAAGGAAUUCCGGGAGCUGACUGCUGAUCAAUGAGCCAAAUGAAGGGAACAAUCAGGACUGUUCCUAGACACUAGCAAAAUCUAGAAAAUAAAUAACAGGGCUGGGCGCGGUGGCUCACGCCUGUAAUCCCAGCACUUUGGGAGGCUGAGGCGGGCGGAUCACAAGGUCAGGAGAUCGAGACCACCCUGGCCAACAUGGUGAAACCCUGUCUCUACUAAAAAAAAAAUACAAAACUUAGCUGGGCAUAGUGGCACAUGCCUUUAAUUCCAGCUACUUGGGAGACUGAGGCAGGAGAAUCACUUGAACCCGGGAGGCAGAAAUUGCAAUGAGCCAAGAUUGGGUCACUGCACUCCAGCCUGGUGACAGAGCGAGAUGCUGUCUCAAAAAAAAAGAAAGAAAGAAAGAAAGAAAUUAAAAUAAA